UUGCUUCUUCCUUCACCACAUAACAUCUAUCUCUGAUUCACACCCUCUCAAAGUUUAAUAAAUUCAGAAAGUAAAGAAAUGAAGAAUGUGAGACAGAAAGAAGUCAGCAUUCAUCUUGUUCUUAGAGUUUUAGUUUAGAACUCUGAAUGUCCAGAGUCAAGUAAUUAAACACAAUCUAAACUUAUCAGUUAGGAGAAGGAAAUGAUGGAAGCUGCUUCAUCUUCUUCCUGUUUAUAUCCUUCAUUAAAGCCUUCAACCUUCCCUUUCCAUGUAAAGCACAGUAGUACUGUUACUGCUAGUGAUAUUAACAGCAUUUACUACAAUAUCAAGAAAAAGAACAAGAAGGAUAGCCUGCAGUGUUGCUCUUCUUCUUCUUCUUCUUCCUUCAUCAAUCCCAUUCAUUUUCUCAGAGACAGUAACAACACUCCUUACUAUUACUCCCUUGUGGGUUUUCCAUUUCAGCAACAACACUUGAUCAUCAGAAGCAGCAGCAGUAGUACCAGCAGUAGUAAUAGUACUAGAACCAGUCGUGGUAGUUCAUCUAAAAAGAAGAAGAGUAGAAGAUUGGUCUCCUCCUCUCCUUAUGUGGAAAAACAAAAUGAACAGAGUGUUGAAAGUGGAUAUCAAAAUGGGGAUCCACUUGGGAAAAAAGAUUUAGGGAGAAGUGUUGUCAAAUGGAUUAGUAAUGGUAUGAAAUCCAUGGCAAUGGAUUUUGCAUCCCCUGACAUUACACAGAAUCAGGAUACUGAUUUCUCUGAUCAUGUUAGACAACGCGUCUUGCGUGGAGGUGGUCUCACGUUUGUCAUUGAAUCUCAACCUUAUCUUAGUGGUGUACCAAUGCCCCUUGGUUCUGAAACCUUGUGUUUGAAGGCAUCCACUCACUACCCAACACUCUUCGAUCACUUCCAAAGGGAACUCAAGCAUGUGCUCCUUGAUCUACAACUCAAAUCUCUCAUCCCACCCACUGAAGAUUGGCGCAACACCGAAUCCUGGAAGCUCCUUAAACAAUUCGCCAACUCAGCUGAGCAUAGAGCCAUUGCUAGGAAGAUUCCUCAAACAAAAACAAAACAGGUGCAUAGUGGACUUGGGAUGGAGAUGGACAAGGCCAAGGCAGUACAGAGCAAAAUUGACAACUUUGUGAAAACUAUGUCUGAUCUCCUUCGAAUUGAGAGGGACGCAGAGCUAGAGUUUACUCAUGAGGAGUUGAAUGCCGUACCUACACCGCCAUCCUCUGCUGACGAGGUUACCGGAACAUCUUCGUCAAGUAAAUCUGAUUCUUCAAAGCCCAUUGAGUACUUGGUUACUCAUGGCCAGUCUCAACAAGAGCUUUGCGACACCAUUUGCAAUCUGCAUGCUGUCAGCUCUUCCACAGGUCUAGGGGGGAUGCACCUGGUUUUGUUCAGGGCUGAAGGGUACCAUCGAUUGCCACCUACCACACUCUCCCCAGGGGACAUGGUUUGUGUCAGAACCUGUGAUAGCAGAGGUGGUGGAGCAACCUCUUGCAUGCAGGGUGUCAUUAACAAUUUAGGGGAGGACGGGUGUAGCAUCAGCGUUGCUCUGGAAUCCCGGCAUGGUGAUCCCACCUUUUCUAAGCUCUUUGGCAAGAGUGUCCGCAUUGAUCGUAUUCCUGGAUUAGCUGAUGCACUCACGUAUGAGCGCAAUUGUGAAGCCCUAAUGCUUCUGCAGAAGAACGGUUUGCAGAAGAAAAAUCCUUCAAAAGCCAUAGUAGCUACUCUUUUUGGAGAAAAAGAAGAUGUUGCAUGGAUGGAGCAGAAUAAUUUGGCAGAUUGGACCGCUGAAGAAAAAGUGGAUGUCCUACUACCUGAUCAUGGAGUUUAUGAUGAUUCCCAACUCAAAGCAAUUGCCUUGGGCUUAAACAAGAAACGCCCAGUUCUGGUGAUCCAAGGUCCUCCAGGUACUGGAAAGACAGGUCUUCUUAAGGAAGUGAUUGCUCUUUCUGUCCAACGAGGUGAAAGGGUCCUUGUGACAGCCCCUACUAAUGCUGCUGUUGAUAACAUGGUAGAAAAGCUUUCUAGUGUUGGAUUAAACAUUGUACGUGUGGGAAAUCCAGCUCGAAUAUCUUCAUCAGUGGCAUCAAAAUCUUUGGCAGAGAUUGUAAAGUAUAGGCUUUCAGAUUUUGUGAAUGAAUUUGAACGGAAAAAAGCAAAUCUAAGAAGGGAUUUGAGAUAUUGUUUGGAUGAUGAUUCUUUAGCUGCAGGUAUACGCCAGCUUUUAAAACAACUUGGGAAGUCCCUGAAGAAGAAAGAGAAGGAGAUUGUUAAGGAAGUAUUAUCCACCGCUGAAGUUGUUUUAUGCACGAAUACUGGUGCAGCUGAUCCUUUGAUACGGAGACUCGAUACAUUUGAUCUUGUUGUUAUAGAUGAAGCAGGGCAAGCUAUUGAACCAUCUUGUUGGAUCCCAAUUUUGCAAGCGAAACGUUGUAUCCUUGCUGGGGACCAAUGCCAGCUUGCCCCAGUUGUUUUAUCAAGAAAUGCAUUGGAUGGUGGGCUUGGAAUUUCUCUAAUGGAGAGAGCAUCGAAUUUGCACGAAGGGAUUCUUGCUACCAAGUUGACAAUGCAAUACCGGAUGAAUGAUGCUAUAGCUAGCUGGGCAUCAAAAGAGAUGUAUGAUGAACUAUUACGGUCAUCUCCAGCUGUUUCCUCACAUCUUCUUGUAGAUUCUCCAUUUGUCAAGACUACAUGGAUAACUUCGUGCCCGUUGCUGUUGCUGGACACACGAAUGCCAUAUGGUAGUCUGUCUGUUGGCUGCGAAGAGCAUCUAGAUCCAGCUGGCACUGGCUCAUUUUAUAACGAAGGGGAAGCAGAUAUUGUCGUAGAACAUGUCCUAUCAUUGAUUUAUGCUGGAGUUAGUCCAGACGAGAUUGUCGUUCAAUCUCCUUACGUAGCUCAAGUACAGCUCUUGAGGGAAAAACUAUAUGACCUUCCAGAAGCAUCAGGUGUUGAGGUUGCAACUGUGGACAGCUUCCAGGGUCGGGAGGCAGAUGCAGUCAUUAUAUCAAUGGUUCGGUCAAACACAUUGGGAGCAGUCGGAUUCCUGGGUGACAGUAGGAGAAUGAAUGUUGCCAUUACCAGAGCUCGCAAACAUGUAACUGUUGUUUGUGAUAGCUCAACCAUAUGCCACAACACCUUCCUAGCCAGGCUCCUGCGUCAUAUCCGCCACUUCGGUAGAGUGAAGCAUGCUGACCCUGGAACUUUUGGUGGGUCUGGUUUUAACAUGAACCCAAUGUUGCCUUCCAUUAGCUGAUGGAUGCCGUGAACCUCUUCAGUCUUAUCUGACACUCCUUGUACUAUAUUUCUGUAUUUAUUGUUGAUUAUUAUUUGGGAGGACAUACAGUAAAUACUUCAUUAUUCCUCCAGCACUACCCGCCACAUCCAUUUGUAUUCUGGUCAUUGUUAUUCAUAACUGUCUAUAUACAUACAAAAAUUACAGGAUAUUCACAUUUCAUUUCAUCAA